UCGUGCCAUGUUUGCGGAAGUAAAUGAAGGCGCUUUGGUCUCAGUCAGUCGUUAAGCCUAGAAAUGGUCAGAGGUAUGGUGUAUCAGCGAUAAGAUAUAAUUCGCGCUGUGGUUCUGUCGUCGACGUUAAGAAUGAUGAAUUUACCGAAGGGACCUGACUCUUUGUGUUUUAACAAAGACGAGUUUAUGAAGGAUGAUUUUGACGUGGAUAAGUUCGUGGCGGACUGCAGAAAGCGCGUCCAGCUGGAGGAGAUGCGCCAGGACCUGGAGCACUAUUACAGGCUCCUCAAAACGGCCAUGGUCGAGCUCAUCAAUAAAGAUUAUGCCGAUUUUGUCAACUUGUCCACAAAUCUGGUGGGAAUGGAUAAAGCUCUCAACCAGCUCUCCGUCCCGCUUGGCCAGCUGCGAGAAGAAGUGCUGAGUCUAAGGUCAUCUGUCAAUGAAGUUAUCCAAGCUAUAGACACACAGUUGACCAAGCAAGAUGACAUUCAAAAGAAGAAGGUUUGUGUAUUAAGACUCAUGCAAGUGGUUCGAUCGGUGGAGAAGAUUGAGAAAAUCUUACACUCCCAAAAUGCCCAAGACACCACUUCUCUCGAAACAAGCAGUCCUCUGGUAGCGGGUCAGAUUCUCGAGCGGAUCGCCACUGAGUUCAACCAGCUGCAGUUCCAUGCUGUCCAGAGCAAAGGCAUGCCCCUGCUGGACAAAGUGCGCCCGAGGAUCGCUGGUAUCACUUCCAUGCUACAGCAGUCUCUUGAGGGUCUGCUGAUUCAGGGCUUACAAACGUCAAACGUGGCCAUUGUGCGUCACUGCCUGCGCACUUACGCCACUAUCGACAAGACCAAAGACGCUGAGGCACUGGUGGGACAAGUCUUAGUCAAGCCAUACAUGGAAGAGGUCAUAACUGAACAGUUUGUAAAGUCCAGCCCUAACGGCCUUCAAAUGAUGUACGCAAAGGUUCUGGAGUUUGUGCCUCAUCAUUGCCGAUUACUCCGGGAGGUCACCGGAGGGACCUUUUCUAGUGACAAAGCUGACAUUGUUCCUGGGUAUGACUUCCUCGUGAACUCUGUCUGGCCAGAGGCCAUUAAAGGCGUUGAAGGCAGAAUCCCUUCUCUUUUUAAUCCUGGUAAUCCAGAUGCUUUUUAUGAGAGGUACUGCAUUAGCAUGGACUUUGUGCGGAAGUUUGAAAGGCAGUGUGGAUCUCAGGCGAGUGUAAAGAGACUCCGAGCACACCCGUCCUAUCAAAGCUUCCACAACAAGUGGAACCUCCCUGUGUACUUUCAGCUGCGGUACAAGGAGAUUGCUGGGUAUUUGGAAAAUGCCACCGCGGAUGGAUUAAAAGCAGCUCCCGCUGGGAGCCACUACCGACUACAGGUGACUGAAGUGUUAUGGAGCUGUGUAUGCAGGUGUUGGGCAGAGCGCAUCUACCUGCCCCCUCUUGCUCAUCGGUUCUGGAAACUAACAUUGCAGCUCCUCUCCCGUUAUGCCACCUUUCUCACUGAGGUCCUAUUAAAAACUUCGCCUUCAGAAACCACCAAAGAAGUCACAAGACCUCUCCCAAGCUCCGCCUCCUCCACUUCGAGCCGCACUUCUCAGGACGCAGACAGCGAGAGUGGUGGUCCUACAGUCCUGUCCACCAGACAGCUUGUUUUCAUUGCUGCUGACGUGGAUCAGUUACAGGAACAGGUUCCUGACAUCUCUAAUAUGGUGAAGGAGAGAUUGAAGGAAAUUGGGUUCCAAAACCUUGGACUUGUAUCAGAUGCCUUGGACGACUCUAAAGCAGCUUUGUCCGGGUGCGUUCCAACACUGAACAGCAGAAUGAUUCAGAAUCUGACCGAGAGGAGCUUCCGCUUCCUGAAAAACGCAUCUGAAGUUCCCCGACUUUACAGAAGGACCAAUAAGGAGGUGCCCACCAGAGCCUCAGCUUAUAUGGAUAAUGCUCUGCAACCCCUACACCAGCUGCUCACUGACUCCACAGGAGUGGUGAAGGCCUCCAUCAUCCAGGAGUGGCUCCGUGUUGCCCUUUCAGACUGCACUCACAGAUACUUUGAGACCAUAUCUGAUGUGCUGAGCUCUGUGCGGAAAAUGGAGGAGAGUCUGAAGAGGCUGAAACAGGCAAGAAAAACGGCCACAACCAGCACAGCAGGAGCCAACAUUGGACCCUCAGACGACAGCAAGAUCCGUCUGCAGUUGGCCCUGGAUGUAGAGUACCUCGGAGAGCAGAUUCAGAAGAUGGGUCUCCAGCCAAGCGACAUCACUAUGUUCUCCGCUCUGCUGGACCUGGUGCGGGAGGCGCGGGAUCUCGCCACAGCAGAGCAGGCUGGCUCUUAAGGCUCACCCUUCAGGUUGAAGGGAAUUUCCUGGUCCCCAGCACUUCUGCAGGUAGAUGCUCACAGAGGUUACGUGGGGGAAAACAAAAAGGUUUCCCCAAUGUCUCACAGCCAUGUUUCUCUCAGUGCAGUUAUAAGGUAAAAAUCACAGACUUUCAAAAUGUGAGCUCCGCCUGUGAUGAAGAAGCACACUACAAGAAUGUGUCCAUGUGGUCAGAUAUUAUUUAUUGUUAAAUCGUAUUGGACAAUUUGGGAAUGAUAAAUGUUAAAUAACAGGGGUCGAAGGGAUUGAUAACGAUAUGCAACUUAAAUACUGAAUAUAAUAAGGAUUUUUUUUGGAGUGUACUGGCAGGGGCCUACUAUGCCAUUAUGUUUCAGAAACCAUUGAAAUGACACCUUGUGACUUGUGAAAAUGAUGUCAUAAGAUUAAGCACUGUGUGUCAGAAUGAAUUAAAUAUGUUUUCUGCCACAGAGCCUCCUCUGAGACAAGUGGCCAUGUUGAUGCUCUGUGUUCUCUAGAACAUGUCAGGAUGCUUUUUGCAUUUCGUGUCAACAUACUGUUAUCAUUCACAUGCUCUACUGAACAAAGCUGAGACUACUGUAACAUUUCAACUUGUCAAAGAUAAUAAAAGGCUUGGAAAGUUAUGACCCAUGUUGCUGCUUGUACUCUAGCCAUUGUAGGUUACUAAAGGCAGACUUGUACUUCUUGUUGAUGAGAGAGAUCAGAGGAGAAUGGCCAGACUGGUUUGAACUGACAGGAAGUCAAUGGUAACUCAAAUACCAACACUUUCAUCUGUGGUAAGCAGAAAAGCAUCUCAGAAUGCACAACACCAGCCCACUGAAAGUGGAAGGUUAAAAACUGGGGAAAAAAGACCAGGUGAUAGUUUUUCUGCAACAUUCUAUGUAGUUUUGGUGACUCUAUGCUGACUGUAGCCUCAGAUUCCUGUUCUUGGCUGACAGGAUGUGGUCUUUUGUUGUUGGAGCCCAUCUACCUGAAAGUGCGACACGUUGUGCGGUUGUAAAGUGUUGUUAUUUAUAUUACCGUAGAGUUCCUGUCAUCUCGAACCAGUCUGCCACUCACUGGACCCCCCCUACUUAAUUCUGUGUAAACUCUAGCAACUCUUAUGUGUGUGAAAAUCCCAGGGGAUCAGCAGUUUCUUUAAUACUCAAACCAGCCCAUCUGGCGCUAACAACCAUGCUACGGUUAAAGUCCCUGUGUAUCUGCAUGAUUUUAUGCAUUGUGCUGCUGCCACAUGAUUGACUGAUGGGAGAAUUGCACGAAUGAGCAGGUUUACAUAUAUUCCUAUUAAAUAGUGGCUGGUGAGUGUACGUUGGUCAUUGUGGCUCAUGUCGGUAUGCAUAUUAUAUCCAGGUGUUGAUUAUUUGGUUUAUUAUUUAAAAAAAAAAAUCAAUUAAUACAGUACUUAUAUUAUUUGAUUUAUUAAUGUUGGAAUUCAGCUGGAACUAAUGUGUUAAAAAUGGUCAGUUAAAGGAAUGUUAAUGUACAGUGUUGCCGUUUUAUCAAGAUAGAUGAGUAAAACUCUCAAGGACAAUAUUUAAAAAAAAAAAAAUAAUAA